AUGUCAAAAAUUGAUAAAAAGUUGAAAGUUUUAGACUCAGUGGAGAAAAAAAUGAAAAACGUUGAAAAAGAAAUUACCAAAAUAUGGACAUACAUAGGGGACCAUAAUAAACAGCUUAAUGAACGGUUGUCUACGGUAGAAGAUAAAGCAGAAUGUGUGGAUUUUUCCCUUGGUGUAGUUAAUAGUAAGGUGAUCCAAUUAGAAAAGGAGAAAGAGGCCAUGAAAAGUGAGAUUGUUUACCUCCAGUCGCAAUCAAUGCGGAACAAUCUAAUAUUUGAAAAUAUACCGGAGGCGCGACCGGGGGUUACGGAGGACGCGGAAAAAACAGUGCGUGAUUUUAUGGAAAUCAAAAUGAAGAUAGCCAAAGACAUCGUUGCUAACAUUAAAUUCGAUAGAGUUCUCAGAAUGGGGCAAAAGGGCGACGCAAAACGUGGAAAAUCUAGGAGUAUCGUGGCGAAAUUUACGGAGUACAAAGAGAAAGAGUUAACUAGAAGGCAAUGGAAAGCGUUACAAGGGACGGAAUUUUCAGUUCACGAGCAGUUACCAAGGGAAAUAGUUGAAGUACGGAAAAAAUUAUUACCAAAAUUGAAGCAGGCCAAAAAGGACGGGAAAAGGGCGUGGCUUUCUUAUGAUAAGCUAUACAUUGAUGGGGAGCAGGUUAAAGUUGACAGUAAGUAG